CCUCUUUCCGCUGCUGAAGUGCAGGCUCAUCCGGAGUUCCCAUACAUCACAUGGGAUCUCAAACCCAAAUCACAGGGCAAAUUGUCCGUUGCAAAGAACAGAGGAGGACCUCUUGAUAUUGCGUGGGAGGUGCAUGGAGAAGGCGAGAACAAGAUGGUGCCACGAGCUUUGGUUUCNUGGAUCAUGGGACUUGGUGGACUCAAGACCUCAUGGCAGAGACAAACCAAAGACUUCUCCCACACGCAGGGAUCGAAGUACUCGUCUCUGAUUGUUGACAAUCGCGGUAUGGGUGAGAGUGGCAAGCCGAUGCAGCGUUACUCGACCUCGGAGAUGGCAAAGGACCUCCUCGAAGUCAUCGAUCACGUCGGCUGGACAGCAGAGAGACAGUUGAACGUUGUCGGUAUCUCGAUGGGCGGUAUGAUCGCUCAAGAACUUGCAUACAUGAUCCCCAACCGCAUUGCAACACUGAAUUUAAUCUCGACAGCACCUCGUAUCGUCAACACAGUCGGCUUUGUGGAAAACCUGCGCAACCGCAUCAACUUGUUCAUCCCUCGCAGCUUGGACGACCAAAUCGCCAACGUCAAGCACAACAUCUACACCCAAGCCUUCCUCGACGCCCCAGACUGUCUGGAAUACAAAAUCAACCCCUUCCCUACUAAUGGCGAUCGCUUCGCCGCACAGGAAGUCGCAAAGCGUCAGGCGCCGCAACACUUCAACCGUACUGGUUUCAUGGCGCAAGCAGUUGCUGCAGGUUGGCACCACAAGUCUGAUGCCCAGCUCAAGGAGAUUGGCGACAAGGUGGGCCAGCAGCGUAUCUUGGUGUUGCAUGGCACCAAGGACCGUAUGAUUACNUUUCCCCAUGCAGAGAUGUUGUUGAAGGGACUAGGCGGUGAGGAGAGUGGUGUUCGCAAGGCCUUCUUUGAGGGUCAGGGACAUGUGGUGCCUAUUGAGCUCAGACAGGAGUUCAACAAGCUGAUUGAGGAGAUGGUGGAGAAGGGCAACACUCUGAACGCCAAAGCAUAA